UCCUUAAUAGGUUAACAUUUAUUUCUGCAAUGUGGGCAAUAUCUAAACUCAGAAAAAAACACCUUCUCACUGUCAACUGCAUUUAUUUUCAGCAAACUUAACAUGUGUAAAUAUUUGUAUAAACAUAACAAGAUUCAACAACUGAGACAUAAACUGAACAAGUUCCACAGACAUGUGACUAACAAAAAUUGAAUAAUGUGUCCCUGAACAAAGGGGGGUCAAAAUCAAAAGUAACAGUCAGUAUCUGGUGUGGCCACCAGCUCAUUAAGUCCUGUAGUGCAUCUCCUCCUCAUGGACUGCACCAGACUUGCCAGUUCUUGCUGUGAGAUGUUACCCCACUCUUCCACCAAGGCACUUGCAAGUUCCCAGACAAUUCUGGGGGGAAUGGCCCUAGCCCUCAACCUCCGAUCCAACAGGUCCCAGAUGUGCUCAAUGGGAUUGAGACCCGGGCUCUUCACUGGCCAUGGCAGAACACUGACAUUCCUGUCUUGCAGGAAAUCACGCACAGAACGAGCAGUAUGGUGGCAUUGUCAUGCUGGAGGGUCAUGUCAGGAUGAGCCUGCAGGAAGGGUACCACAUGAGGGAGGAGGAUGUCUUCCCUGUAACUCACAGCGUUGAGAUUGUCUGCAAUGACAACAAGCUCAGUCCGAUUAUGCUGUGACACACCGCCCCAGACCAUGAUGGACCCUCCACCUACAAAUUGAUCCCGCUCCAGAGUACAGGCCUCGGUGUAACGCUCAUUCCUUCGACGAUAAACGCAAAUCCGACCAUCACCCCUGGUGAGACAAAACCGCGACUCGUCAGUGAAGAGCACUUUUUUGCCAGUCCUGUCUGGUCCAGCGACGGUGGGUUUGUGCCUAUAGGUGGCAGUCAUAGCAGUCAUAGCACUGAUGGAGGGAUUGUGCGUUUCUGGUGUAACUCCGGCAGUUGUUGUUUCCAUCCUGUACCUGUCCCGCAGAUGUGAUGUUCGGAUGUACCAAUCCUGUGCAGGUGUUGUUACACGUGGUCUGCCACUGCGAGGACGAUCAGCUGUCUGUCCUGUCUCCCUGUAGUGCUGUCUUAGGCGUCUCACAGUACGGACAUUGCAAUUUAUUGCCCUGGCCACAUCUGCAGUCUUCACGCCUCCUUGCAUCAUGCCUAAGGCACGUUCACACAGAUGAGCAGGGACCCUGAGCAUCUUUCUUUUGUCCGUAGAAAGACCUCUUUAGUGUCCUAAGUUUUCAUAACUGUGACCUUAAUUGCCUACUGUCUGUAAGCUGUUUGUGUUUAAACCACCGUUCCACAGCUGCAUGUUCAUUAAUUGUUUAUGGUUCAUUGAACAAGCAUGGGAAACAGUUUUUAAACCCUUUACAAUGAAGAUCUGUGAAGUUAUUUGGAUUUUUACUUAUUAUCUUUGAAAGACAGGGUCCUGAAAAAGGGACGUUUCUUUUUUUGCUGAGUUUAUAUGCCUUGAGGGUCCCUUAACAAGUCUACUGUCUGACUCAGUCCCCAUCUGCAAAGGUCUUAUAGAGAAUGUUCCCAGGUAAUAAGAGUGUGACACCCUGCUUGUGUUCAGUCUGUGCCUCUGAUAUCUGCAGUACCGUUCCUUUGUUGGCCAGUUAACCAUGAGAUAAUUGAUGCCUCUCCCAUUGUUAUGUUCACCUCGCCCACUGACCUCGGAGUGUGGGAAAGCUAAUCCAGCCUGGGACUCAUGGUUUUGUAAUGAUAAUGUCCUCUUAUAAAUAGGGGAGUGGGCUACUCUCUCAGCUCACAACUCACUCAACUUCCUCAGAGAAGCACACACACUCUCUCUCUACCCGAAUGGCUCCUACCUACACCAGCGACUCUGCCAACACCAUGCUCUCUGCUAAAGACAAGCAUAAACUAAGGAAACCAGUUGUGGAGAAGAUGCGUAGAGACCGCAUCAACACCUGCAUAGAGCUGCUCAAGACCUUGCUGGAGAGGGAGUUCCACAAACAGGACCCCAACACCAAGCUGGAGAAGGCUGACAUCCUGGAGAUGACAGUGGGGUUCCUGAAGCAGAAGCUGCAGCCUCAGAGCCCAGUCCCCCAGAGGGCCCACAGUGAGGGCUACUCCCAGUGCUGGAAGGAGACCCUGCACUUCCUGUCUUCCAGCUCCAUGAAGGACAUGAUGCUUCAGAACCUCCAGAGAGCUGGCCAGGACGUCUGCCCCUCCUCGCCACUCCCCUUCCAACAUCAACACCACAGCCAGGGCCCAGUGAAGCAGGCCACCAGUGGUCACAAAACAGUGUGGAGGCCCUGGUAGAACCACUACUUGGAGACUCUCUAUCUCACAAACUGGAUGGGUGUUUACUAUCUUUCUUGCUGUAGGAAAUACAUUUCCAAAUGUUAUAUUGAAAUUAUAUUAUUUUCUUCCUAUAUAUGAAAUGAUUUCUACUGAUGUGAUUAUUAUUCUCUCUCAGAGAAGAAGCUGAAAAACAUAUUUGUAUCACUUUAUAAUGAAGAAUAUGUUUAAUAUUUUACAUGUGUAUGUUUACGCGUGUAUGCAUUUUGUGCUCCCUUGAUGCACCAAUGUGUCCUUUAGUCCUUUCAUUUUCUUUGAAGAUGAUUUGUUAAGGUUAUAUAUUUUCAUUUAUGGUUGCUUAGCCAACUGAAAUCUUGCGUUAACCAUAUUGUAUGUACUGCCCUAUUGAAGGGUAUUUACAAAUGCUUUGAUAUGCCUUUUGUAAAGGCUUUUUGGGACGUUGUUGUUCCACCAUAGGCACUGUUGUGCUGUGAAAUUUAUUGUUGACACUGUGUGUCUUUCACUCUCAGUUGAUAAAGUGAACAUGCAUCCAAAAAGGAUUCCAAUUAAUGUUUUGGAAAGUAACCAUACUGUGUUUGUGUGUUUCUAAAGGAGCUGUAAUUAACCGGGGGAUAAUGGGACAUAAUGUAGAAAAAACAAUGUAGAGGGAAGAUGGAAUGUAACAAAUUUAACUGAAGUUGAAGUAAACAGGAAAUUACAGAUAACUGGUAAAUACUGUAGUUAGAAGUGCAGGCAUCUGUACACAUCAGCACAUGAGGAUUUAUUAUCGUGUUUAUCAGUGCAAUGUGUCUACUGGGCAGAGAAAAGCCUCACUUCUGAUUGGUGAAAAAAUAAAGGAAGGUUGAUAUUGUAUGUAUUAAAAAAAAAAAGAUUUUUAAAAAUAAUCUUUCACUAAAUUGUCCAAAUAAUGCCUUAAACCUAAGUUGUAUGGUCGCAAUUACUGUAAUGGAAUUCCCUAUCUAGCCCAUUACAUUGAAGCUCUUGGACACUUCUGCAUUGCUGUGUGGGGCACUUAUUUUCAAAUGUAAGUUUUAAAAAUAGCUGCCUGACAGAAUAUAGUGAUCUACACCUCGACACCAAUCUGGAAAUCUUGCAUAUAGUUUAUCUUGACUUUUACAUGAACAUAUUCGAGAGAUCUUAUUGGAGUGUCAGGUAGCCUAGUGAUUAGAGCGUUGGACUAGUAACCGAAAGAUUGCAAGAUUGAAUCCCUGAGCUGACAAGGUAAAAAUCUGUCAUUCUGCCACUGAACUGUUCCUAGGCUGUCAUUGAAAAUAAGAAUUUGUUCUGAACUGACUUGCCUAGUUUAACAAAGGUAAAAUUAAUUGGAAGUGAUGUACAGUAAUUGGAAUAAUCAAGAGGUCUGAAUAAAGAUAUA